AUGGAAAAGUUUUCGAGGUUCAGGGAUCCAGGGACAGGCAUCCAGGUCUUCCUGACUCCGGUACCACCAGUUGGCGCAGGCAAGGUCUUUGCGCAGAUCCUCACACCGGUAGCCCUCAUUGUCGGCGUCAUCCGGGCGGCCCUCGUCCUGGUUACUUUCGUAAUAUGGAUAGUCCUCAAUACACUUCUAGGGUCGAUCAAUGCUUUCCUGAUAUCUGUAUUCGGACGAGCGACAUUAUUCUGGCUCGGAUUCGCCUGGUUAAAUGCUGAAGUUAUAUCACUUCAGAAGCGAGGGCGUGCUGCCUCAUCUGUACGACCACUUUCGAGUAUCAAGCCCACAAAGGGCUCCAUCAUCGUGUCGAACUGGUCCAGUUGGGUCGAUGUGCUCUACAUUUCCAUCCUGUUCAAUCCACUUUUUCUAGCCCCUGUCGUGGCUCCAUCUCCCACAUCGGCGCAGAGUUCGCCUGCCCGCAGCCGCGAAAACAGCAGGUCAGCGUCCAACUCGCCCACGACCGCUCGUCGAAGAAAUGCAGGUGCCGAGGUCGUCACCGAGGCGAACAACGCUCCCGCCAGCUUAGGUCCAUCUUCGCGACUGCUGGGCUUCCGCAAAGUGUCCAUGUGGGAUAUGAUCACUGCGUCUGGUGAGACGCCGAUGAUUCGCGGGGACAAGAACGGUAAGCAAGAUUUCAAGGAUAUCGAGACGCUCGCAAGGAAAGCAGACAGACCUGUGUGCAUUUUCCCCGAACUUGUCACAUCAAACAAUCGAGGGCUGCUCCGAAUGAAUCCGAUUUUUCCUGCAUCAUGGCGUGCCAUGUUCCGAGCGACUGGCGCUCUGCGCCUCGGAGCCGGCCAACCGGACAUUUACAUCAUCUCCAUCAAACACACCCCACCGAGCACGCAAUCACCUUCUUCGGUGCUCAGCGUCCCUGGACAGCGCUUCAAUCCACUCACUCACGUCUGGUCGCUCUGUGCUUCUCUCAACUUUUCGAGGUCGCUCCAGGUGCGGGUGCUCAACCCUGAGGAGUCACCCUCCUCUGAGGCUUUCGUCGCAGACGCUCUCGUGGCGACAACCAGUGCUGCAGAUCCGAUCAGCGAGCUCUGUGGAAACCUUAUAUCGCAAUUAUCGCGACUCAAGAGAACAGGCUUAGGCUGGGAGGACAAAGAAUCAUUCUUGGCCCUGUACCGUGAGAGACGGAAGCCAUGAGAGGCACCAGAAC